UUUCCGUACAGCAGCAUGGCGCUCGCCAACGGGAACUGGUCGUAGCAUUACGCCUGGGGGAAGAGGCCGCCGUAAAGGAAGCUCUGCUUCCUCUUCUUGGUUCUCCCGCCUCCCACCGGCUGUCGUAAAAGGGUGAAUGGAGAGCGAGUUGUGGGGGGGGGAAGGGAGGACAGGGGGCGCGGAGUCAGAGUGGCGCAGCAAGUGGCUGCAGGUGGGAACGAAGGCUGGGGGUGGGGAGUGAGAUAUUUCAGGGGUCGCGGAGGAGGAAGCCGAGGGUCAGAAGGAGACUAAAGCGUCAGUCUGGCCUACUGGUCCGGGGGCCGCGGAGCCCCCACCCGGGGAGAUGGACCUCAACCGGAUCAUCCAGGCGCUGAAGGGCACCAUCGACCCGAAGCUGCGGAUUGCCGCGGAGAAAGAGCUCAACCAGUCCUACAAGAUUAUCAAUUUUGCCCCCAGUUUACUUCGGAUUAUAGUCUCUGAACAUGUGGAAUUCCCAGUACGUCAGGCAGCUGCCAUUUACCUGAAGAACAUGGUGACACAGUACUGGCCAGACCGAGAACCUCCACCGGGAGAAGUGAUAUUUCCAUUCAACAUUCAUGAAAAUGAUCGGCAGCAAAUACGUGAUAACAUUGUGGAAGGAAUAAUUCGGUCUCCAGAUUUAGUGAGAGUCCAGUUAACAAUGUGUCUCCGUGUCAUCAUUAAAUAUGAUUUUCCUGGUCAUUGGCCAGCAGUGGUCGACAAGAUAGACUAUUACUUGCAAUCACAGAGCAGCACCAGCUUGCUUGGCAGUUUAUUAUGUCUGUAUCAACUGGUGAAGACAUAUGAAUAUAAGAAAGCAGAAGAAAGAGAACCUCUUAUAGCAGCAAUGCAAAUAUUUCUGCCUCGUAUUCAGCAGCAAAUCAUGCAGCUCCUUCCUGACUCCUCCUAUUGUUCUGUAUUAUUGCAGAAACAGAUUCUGAAAAUCUUUUAUGCACUUGUUCAGUACGCACUGCCUCUUCAGCUGGUGAACAACCAGACCAUGACAACGUGGAUGGAGAUCUUCCGAACUAUUAUUGACAGGACUGUUCCUCCUGAGACUCUGCAAAUUGAUGAGGAUGAUAGACCGGAACUCAUAUGGUGGAAGUGUAAGAAGUGGGCACUGCAUAUUGUAGCUCGCCUCUUUGAACGAUAUGGAAGCCCAGGAAAUGUCACAAAAGAAUACUUUGAAUUUUCUGAAUUCUUUUUGAAAACUUAUGCAGUGGGAAUUCAGCAGGUAUUACUAAAAAUUUUAGAUCAGUAUAGACAGAAAGAAUACAUAGCCCCCCGUGUUCUGCAGCAAGCGUUCAAUUAUCUCAACCAAGGGAUUGUUCAUUCUGUCACCUGGAAGCAGAUGAAGCCUCACAUACAGAAUAUCUCUGAAGAUGUGAUUUUUUCUGUGAUGUGUUAUAAAGACGAGGAUGAAGAGCUGUGGCAAGAAGAUCCAUAUGAGUAUAUAAGGAUGAAAUUUGAUAUUUUUGAAGAUUAUGCAUCUCCCACUACAGCAGCCCAGACUUUACUAUAUACUGCUGCGAAGAAAAGAAAAGAGGUGUUACCAAAAAUGAUGGCAUUCUGUUAUCAAAUCCUAACAGAUCCGAACUUUGAUCCUAGGAAGAAAGAUGGAGCCCUGCAUGUGAUUGGUUCCCUAGCUGAGAUUUUAUUAAAGAAGAGUUUAUUCAAGGACCAAAUGGAAUUGUUUCUACAGAAUCAUGUAUUUCCAUUACUACUGUCUAACCUAGGAUAUCUUCGAGCUAGAUCCUGCUGGGUGCUUCAUGCCUUUAGCUCCCUGAGGUUUCAUAACGAGCUCAACCUGAGAAAUGCAGUUGAAUUAGCAAAGAAGAGCCUGAUCGAAGAUAAGGAGAUGCCUGUCAAAGUUGAAGCUGCCCUUGCCCUUCAGUCCUUAAUUUCUAACCAGAUACAAGCUAAGGAAUAUAUGAAGCCUCAUGUGAGGCCUAUUAUGCAGGAGCUGUUGCACAUUGUUAGAGAGACAGAAAAUGACGAUGUUACUAAUGUGAUCCAGAAGAUGAUAUGUGAAUACAGUCAAGAGGUGGCCUCGAUUGCUGUUGAUAUGACCCAGCACUUGGCUGAGAUAUUUGCCAGAGUUCUUCAAAGUGAUGAAUAUGAAGAAGUUGAAGACAAAACAGUAAUGGCUAUGGGGAUUUUACAUACCAUUGAUACUAUCUUAACAGUUGUAGAAGAUCACAAAGAGAUUACGCAGCAGUUAGAGAAUAUCUGCCUACGGAUCAUUGAUCUUGUUUUACAGAAACAUGUAAUUGAAUUCUAUGAAGAGAUUCUUUCACUGGCAUACAGCUUAACCUGCCACAGUAUUUCCCCUCAAAUGUGGCAGCUUUUAGGUAUAUUAUAUGAAGUUUUUCAACAGGAUUGCUUUGAAUACUUUACAGACAUGAUGCCUCUCCUGCAUAAUUACGUGACAAUAGAUACAGAUACCUUGCUGUCCAGUCCAAAGCAUUUAGAGAUACUUUUUACAAUGUGUAGAAAGGUGCUGUGUGGUGACGGGGGAGAAGAUGCAGAAUGUCACGCAGCCAAACUUCUUGAAGUCAUCAUUCUUCAGUGCAAAGGAAGGGGAAUUGAUCAGUGCAUUCCACUCUUUGUUCAGCUUGUUUUGGAGAGAUUAACGCGAGGGGUUAAAACGAGUGAGCUUCGUACCAUGUGUCUUCAGGUUGCAAUUGCUGCCUUGUACUACAAUCCUGAUUUGCUGCUACAUACUUUGGAACGAAUUCAGUUGCCUCACAACCCUGGACCUAUCACUGUACAGUUUGUAAAUCAGUGGAUGAACGAUACAGAUUGUUUUCUUGGGCAUCAUGACCGGAAGAUGUGCAUAAUAGGACUGAGUAUUCUUUUGGAAUUACAGAACCGGCCUCCUGCAGUAGAUGCUGUGGUGGGACAGAUUGUUCCCUCAAUUCUUUUCCUUUUUCUUGGCCUGAAGCAGGUCUGUGCUACUAGGCAGCUGCUAAACCGGGAAGAUCGCUCGAAAGCAGAGAAAGCUGAUAUGGAGGAAAACGAGGAGAUUUCGAGUGAUGAGGAAGAGUCAAAUGUAAAUGCCCAAGCCAUGCAAUCAAAUAACGGAAGAGGAGAAGAUGAGGAGGAAGAGGACGAUGACUGGGAUGAAGACGUGUUGGAAGAAACUGCCCUUGAGGGAUUCAGCACUCCCCUUGACCUUGACAGUAGCGUGGAUGAAUAUCAGUUUUUUACACAAGCUCUGCUAACUGUACAGAGUCGGGAUGCUGCCUGGUACCAGCUGCUGAUGGCACCGCUCAGUGAGGACCAGAGGAGGGCACUGCAGGAGGUGUACUCGCUGGCAGAGCACCGGAGGACGGUGGCAGAGGCAAAGAAGAAGAUUGAACAACAGGGCGGCUUCACAUUUGAAAACAAAGGCGUCCUCUCUGCAUUUAACUUUGGGACUGUGCCCAGCAACAACUGAAGGAGGGGACAUCAGCCUACGGGAUGUCAUCCCGCAUUUUACUUCACGAGGGGAGUGUGGGGUGAGGGCAGACAAAGGGCUGCUUUUCAGGGUCUUCCUGCUGUGCCAGCUCCCAUCUGGCAUUAGGCAGCACUUUUCCCCACCCUGCCUUUCCCCUUUGACCUUUCUCCCCCUGAAAUCUAGAUGUUUUAAACAGCUACUGUAAUGUAUGAAAUGAGAGAAAAACAGAGUCAUUGGGCUGAAAAGGACAAACUGUAUACUCCAAAGGCUGAGUGCCCAGGGUGUUUUAGAGGAUCAGAUCAACUCGCCCGUCUCAGGUUUUUGCCAUGCAGAAUCGAAGGAUUGAUGCGGAUAACAGUGCCUUCUGUUGUACAUGAAUUAUCAGAAAAAAUUUUUUGGAGUGCAUUGCAAUUUUUUUUAAAGCAUAAAACAUAUUUGUAGAUAUAAUAUAAACCUUGGUUGUAUGUUGACGUAUUCUGCAUUUUACUCUGUGAAUUUACUGUUAGGCAGUUAGCUGUGAGUCACUCUGGUUUCAAAAAUGUCCUUGCUCCCUUUGCUCACCCUGCUGCUGGGGGGCUUGCUUCAGGGGUUGUGAAACAUGCACUGGCUCUGGUUUUCCAUAAGAUGUUUUGUGGCUUUCUUAAGAAGUGUCUUACUCCUUCUUCCAUUGUAUUUUUUUUACCUUGGAAGGGAUAAUAUUUCUUUUGGGGUCAAGAAAUAUGCGUAUCAAUUUCAUUCAUAACCUUGUAUGUUACGAGUGUUCCUGCCAAUAAUUUCUUUGCACCAAGUGGCAGGGGCUCUUUAGUCACUGGAGUUAACAGUAAGUCUGAAUAUAUUCUGAAUCACAUCUUAAUUAUGCAAUUAAUUCAUCAUUAUACCUAAAGCACAUUGAACUUCUAGGAGAAAGGUACUACAUAGGCACACCGUCUUUCUGGAUGGGGGCUUGCAUUUUCAAUAACUUAUCAUUCCAGCUGUGUUGGACCAGGGUCCAAAGUAUUUUAUAAUGAUUUUUUUUUUAAUCUAGGAAAAAGACCCAAACAUCGCUAACUUCUUGCUUUCUCACCUAUUUUAAUUGUCUCCUACCUAAGUUUUUUCUAGUCUUUAUUAGAGCUCAGUUUGACUUCUUAAAAUUUUUUAAGAGUUGUGCAGACUCCAUGUUAAGGAAGAAAACUUUUUCAAGGGUUGGGUCAGCUGCACUCUUAGAUGGGUAAUGAUGUAAGAUAACCUACAGAAAAUAUUGCAGAUGGGUAGAAUUGUUUUUCUGAACUGGUCCAAAUCCAGAACCUAGACCAUAGUGUUUUUAUUCAGCGAAAUGAAAAUAUAUCUUCAGAAUUUCACAUAUUAUUGGAUUAAUACAACUUUUCAUUUUUGCAAAAUGGAAAAUUCAGAAAUUCACAGCUUAAGUUUCUCUUCAGUGACUGGAGGAGUGGUAGGGAGCCAGGUGCUUCAUCUGCUGCCAUCCCUAUUCAUAUGUCAACUCUUCUUAUUACAAAAUUGUAAGUAAUUUUUGCAGAAGUAGCCUGAAAAACCAUGACUUUUGGAGGUAAAUGUCCCCUGCUUUCCUCUGUCCCUUCACGAGACAUUAAAGCUGAAUGUGCCAACAGCAGUUAGGAGAGAAGGAUGACAUUGGGGGAAGUUGUAGAGAGUUCUGAAACUCUUCAUUCUCCUCAUAUGAAUUUUAACAUGAAUACUAUGCUUUGAUACUGGAUGGUAAAGGCAUCUGAUUUUAGCGAUUUUGUGAUGUGUUGUCUUCUGCAGUAUUAAAGGGAAAGAAGUAUUAAUGUGCAUCACCCUAUCUUGUUUUUGAAGCCAGGGUAGUUGUAUGAUUUUGUUACCAGCAGUGCUAACCUGAAUGUGACCCGGUUACCUUGGAAAUGCAGGAACUUCUAUGAAUGUACUGUAAAAUAAAAUGUGGACUGAUGCCCAAGAUUCUG